AUGAUUGGUUCUGGUGCUUAUGGUCAAGUUAUAUUAGCAUAUGGUUAUUUAUUUCAACGUAAAAUCUUUGAUCAAUUUAUUAAAAUGAAUCAUCAACGAUCAACGGAUAAACGUAUUAUCACAGAUAGUCAUAUUCCACAUUUUUUUAAUCAAUUCUUACGAGCAUUCAAAUUUAUUCAUUUAGCUAAAGUUUUAUAUCAAUAUUUAAAACCAAGUAAUAUAUUUGUUGAUCUUGAUGAUCAUGUAUUUUGUAUACGAUGGUAUCGUGCAUCUGAAUUAAUGCUUUGUAAUGGAACUUAUACAUCAGCAAUGGAUAUGUGGUCAGUAGAUUGUAUACUUGGUGAACUUAUAUUUGGUCAACCAUUAUUUCCUGGUCGUCAUUAUUUGGAUUAA